AUUAUACACACCCAUCGAGUACCUAUAAAAUCGAGCAGGAUUUGGUUUGACAGUAUCAGUUUAUCCAACUGUCUCAAGCAAGCCUCCAAGUCAUCCAACAUGAAGUUCUUCAUUCUCCUCGCCCUCUUCGCCGUUGCCGCUGCUGAUUCUUAUAUGGCAGCUGAAUACGAAGCACCCAAGUACGAGGUUCCUGAAUACGAAGCACCCAAGUACGAGGCUCCUAAAUACGAAGCCCCCAAGUACGAGGCUCCUAAAUACGAAGCUCCUAAAUACGAGGCACCCAAGUACGAAGCUCCCAAAUACGAGGCACCCAAGUACGAGGCUCCUAAAUACGAGGCACCAAAGUACGUAGCUCCUAAAUACGAAGCUCCCAAAUACGAGGCACCCAAGUACGAAGCUCCCAAAUACGAGGCACCCAAGUAUGAGGAACCUAAAUACGAGGCACCCAAGUACGUAGCUCCUAAAUACGAAGCUCCUAAAUACGAGGCACCAAAGUACGUAGCCCCCAAGUAUGAAGCUCCCAAGUACGAGGCACCCAAGUACGAAGCUCCUAAAUACUCAGCUCCCAAGUACGAGACACCUAAAUACGAAGCUCCCAAGUACGAGACUAAAUACGAAGAAGUCACAUACGCCCCUCAACCCUACAGCUUCGGAUACGACGUCCAGGAUAAGGAAUCUUACAACGACUUCGAGCACAACGAGAAAUCCGACUACAACGUCGUCACCGGAUCUUACCGCGUCGCUCUCCCCGAUGGCCGCACCCAGAUCGUCACCUACAAGGCUGACGCUUACGGAUACACUGCUGAUGUGAAAUACGAAGGAGAGGCCAAGUACCCCGAAUACGUCGAGACCCAAUACAAGGCUGCUGCCUACCCCGCCCCAGCCUACAAGGCUCCUGAAUACAAGGCUCCCGCAUACACUGCCCCAGCCUACAAAGCCCCAGCCUACAAGGCUCCUGAAUACAAAGCUCCCGCUUACACCACCACCACUCCAGCCUACAAAGCCCCAGCUUACACCACCACCCCGGCCUACAAAGCCCCAGUUGCCUACCCCAAAUAUUAAGUUAUUGUCAAUAGCAAUGCCUAUUCUCAACGAAGUAUUUAAUAAAUAACGUGUUGCAAGACA